GUUAUAUGUCGGCAGCCGUCGUCGCGUCGUCCGCCGUCGCUCCAUGAGAGCAACUGGACAACACGACUUACAUCACUGCUCUCCGAAAUGGUGUAGCUGGUGCGCACAAUACCGGAAGCUUUGCUCUCCAAUUCGACGUGCACUUCUUUCGAACCGAUCUCAGCUCAAUACACAACGAUUCUGGAUAGAGGUCGCCAGUUGCCAGUCGCCAGAAGAUUCUCCCCAUUUAACUUGUCGGGGGCGAACUUGCGUCCGAGAAGGGGAAGGAUCUCUUUUCAGUAUUCGGACGCGGGAUCAUUCUGUCGGCUCAAGGCCUGACGUCCAUAUGAAGCGAGCUUAGUUCUCGACUGCCGUUGAGAAAUGUUCAAGACAGCUACCCUCCGUCUCAAAAGAGACUACCUCCGACUUCUACAGGAUCCUAUUCCGUAUGUGAUAACGCACCCCCUCAAUGAAAAUAUCCUUGAAUGGCAUUACGUGGUAUUCGGCGCGCCAGACACCCCAUAUGAAGACGGCUUCUAUCACGGGAAGCUCAUAUUCCCUCAAGAGUUCCCCUUUAAACCACCCUCCAUUUUCAUGCUGACGCCGAACGGCAGGUAAGCAGGGGGAUACGUCAUAGCGGUCCGAUUUCUGGUUCACAAAGUGUCUUGAAGAGACUGUGAUCUCCAUCCAGAGACGUGGAAUCCUACAUGGAGCGCCGGAGCCAUCUUGAUGGGUCUUCAAAGUUUCAUGUCAGAGAAAACACCUACAUUGGGCUCAAUCGAAUCAACUGACAGAGAAAAGAGGCAACUCGCUGAGAAAAGCCUCGAAUUCAACCUAGCGGAUCCGACCUUUUGUGAACUCUUCCCCGCGAUAGCGGAGAAAUGUCGGUCUUUGCUGCACGCUCGUCAAGUAGAGAAGGAGAGGCGUCAGCUCGACGCUAUGGUAGUUCCUACAGCGAUCGCCUCCGGAGUCAAUCAGAUGCAGUCGCAACUCAUGUCUUUGCUGACUAAUUGCGUGGUGAUACUGGGGUUUGCGGCUUUCGCGUUCGUCGUAAAAUAUGUCAUAACGCUUAGCGGUCCGGAGUCGACGUGAAGAACCAUCCAUACCAUCGCUGAAGCCGAUUCUCUUCAAGUCGCCGAUAUUUUUCACCUCCCUCACGACAAAUGUGUUUAGGUCGAAAGAGCCGCGUGAGAGGGAGUGUUCUAGUGCGGAUACACGUAGAUGUCGAACGAAAAUGUUCGCGAUCAAUAUGAGGCGUGCAAGCUUGCUCCGACGUCAAGUCGUUCACGCGCACCUGAUAAAAGACCGCGUAAUUUUGUUGUAAAAGCAGGAUACGCGCCACAGGCAUGCCAUAAACCUAAGGACGGUGUCUUAUUAUUGGAGAAUCGCCGAAUAAAGAAUCAAGAGCGAGAU